AUGGGUUCUUUGACUUUCCUUUUUUCCUUUCAGCUUAUGAUUUACAAUGCCAUCCCAAUGUGCUCUUCUCAGUAUGAACGUUUGUUCAACACUUGCCGUUUACCAGGCACAGAGACAGGUACAGUGUUAGUCCUGUCAAUCCUGUCAAUGUUUUUGCCUCCCCACUUUUGCAUCCUAAUCUUCUAUGUAUGUAGCAGAUAACUUAAGCCUACAACAUUUGCAUAUCUUGUGAGGCUGUGUGAUUUUUCCAUCAGAGAAAUCACCAUAAUUUGCAUUAUAAUAUGCUAAUAAGAUCCAGUUCUUAAAAGUUAUGAACCAUUUCAGUGUUGUGCAAACGCACUACUAAGUACAUUGAGGCAUAUUAUAAUGAAUGAUGAGAGUUGGUACAGGAAUCUGUUCCCAUUUGCUGCCACUUCCUAGAACUGUGUGUGUGUGUUCCUGAACAGGUGUUGAAUCAUUUAAAUGUAUUUUUUGGUUUGUAGAUCACAUUUCUAUGCCUCUUCUGUGUUGCCAAAACUAAAUUCAAAGUGGUAUACUGUACUUCAUAAAUCAUGAUAAAAAUGAUGAUAUAAAAAUACUUCUAAAAAAGCAAUAAAAACCUCACAAAUGCAUUUUUAAAAAUCUGGUCCUAAAUAUAUUAGCAUAAUAUUGUUGAUUUAAAGCAGAGUCUGUCGUGGCCAGCGGAAGGAUGAAGAAUACGUGCUCCAUACUCCAUAUAGCUUUAUUUACAGUUCAAAGCUGGUAUAUUACAGAAAGACAUCUUGCCUCUGCAGGAGCAGAAAAUGCAUCCUCUCUCCUCUCUCAGCUCGGAGAGAAUCACACAGAGAAAAAACAGGAAACCAGUGUACGUCACAUCCAGUCUCCCUUUCCCGUGAGAAACUCCAACAGUACAGACUGUGGAAUGUAAACACCUGUCUCAUGACAAGCAGAGCUGCACAGUGAAGGAAAGCAGAAACCAACAUCCUCCCCUUUCUGUGAACAUCACUGGGCAGCGUGUUUGCACAAUAUCAGUACAAACCCAACUUCUGCACAUAGGUACAGUGUUGAUCCCUUGAUACAAUCUUGGACAAUACAUCAGCAGGAAUUUCAUUACCUGGCAUAUAGGACACCGUUACGAGUCCCUUCUGAAUACAUUCCCUAGCAUGCUGCAACUUUAAUUGCAAGUGCUUUGUGCUUUGCUUACAACCUUCAGACUUCAGCAAAGCCAAACAUGCUUUGUUGUCCUGGUAAACCUGGAUUGGACAUUUGACAGGAAUUUUCAUAUCUUUGCACAAUUGUACUAACCAUUCACAAUCCUUAAGUGAAUAAGACAGUGCAUUCAGUUCGGCUUCACAAGUACUUAAGCUAACUGUUGUUUGCUUCUUGCAUGACCAAUCAAACAGACUCUGAUUGUACAUGUAGCAAACUCCAGACGUACUUUUCCUGUCUGUAGCGUCACUUCCAAAACUUGCAUCUGCAAAUAUCUCAAGACCACCAGACUUCUGAUUGUUAAAUCUCAGUCUGUAAUGCAUAGUGCCUUUCAAAUACCGCGCUAUGCGUUUCAGAGCUUUCCAAUCCUUGACACUAGGAUUGUUGACUUGUCUGCUUAGCAAAUUACAGCUAACAGCAAUGUCUGGUCUUGAACAUCUGGCAAUGAAGUUUAGCUUGCCUAGCACACUCCUGUACAGUGUAGUGUCAGAAAAUGCUUCUUCAGUGUCAUCUACCUGAUAACCUGUUGUCAUCGGUGUGUCUACAGGGUUAGCAUCCAUCAGAUUUAGUUUGCUUAACACAUCAGCAAUUUUCCGUGACUGGUGUACUAGAAUGUUACCAUCUUGAUCUCUCUCUAUUUCCAGAGAUAGGUAGUUGUUUACCUCACCAAGAUCUUUCAUGUCAAAGUGCUCUUUCAGUUGAGCUAGGGCGCUAUUGUACAUUGCAACAUCUUUCCAAAAGAAUAAUAAAUCAUCAACAUAAAACAAACAGUACAGUUUCUUUUGCCCUCCUCUUUGACAAAUACACAUGGAUCAGCUUUCCCUUGCUGAAAACCUAGAGAAAACAAUACUUCAGUGAGUUUUGUGUGCCAACACCGUGCACUUUGUUUGAGACCAUAAAGGGAUUUCUUCAGAGCACAAACAAAUCCCUGUUUUACCUGUACGCCAUCAGGUGGAAGCAUAUAAAGUGAUUCAUCUAGAGAUCCGUACAGAAAAGCUGUAUUAAUAUCAUGGUGACUAAUGUGUAGAUUUUCCUCUGCAGCUAGCUUAAGCAUAAGCCUAAUGCUUUCAUAUCUCACUGUGGGUGAAUAGGUCUCGUGAUAGUCUUCACCUGGUACCUGUGCAAAACCUCUGGCUACCAAUCUGGCUUUGUGUCUGACUAUCUUGCCAUUUUGAUCUGUCUUCGCUUUGAAGACCCAUUUGCUUCCAAGCAGUUUCAUUCCUGGAACUACUGGAACUAGCUCCCAUGUUUUGUUCCUUUCUAAGGAAUCAAGCUCAGCCUUCAUGGCAUUUAACCAUGGCUCAGCUUCCUUUGAAUCCAAACCCUGGAUUUCUUGGAAACUUGAAGGUUCAAAUACCUUCUUGGAGCUUUUAACAGCUGUUACUGCUAUCUUAGCAAACUCAUCAGCAAAUCUCUUUGGAGGUUUGCCUUUUGUGGCUCUCUGUGACCUACGAAUUAGCCUUAAGUCUUCAACACUCUCCUCUUCCUUCUUAGGAGAAAAACGACCUAUUGUGAACAAUGGUUCCUCCAAUUCUUGAUCAGAGCUUUCAGAGGGUCGCAUAGAGGCUUUCGCACUCUUGAAAUCCUCUGAAUCACCCGAUUCAGUUUCAGAUUCAGACUCAGAACCUUCAUCAGUGGGUGUGGGUUGUUGUGGUUGCUUUUGACUAUCCUCAGUCUCAUCACCGUCAUCAGGAUAACAUUGGAAAAUUCCCACAUUCCCCCCCACUUUGCAUUGUACUCAACACUUCUCGUGAGCUUAAUUGUCUUAGAGUCAGUCAUCAUUAUUCUGUAAGACCCUUUCUGAUAACCUAGAAAGAUACCAUGCAAUCCACGCUUGUCUAACUUGGAGUUUUGUGGUGAGCGAACCCACAUGUCAGAACCAAAAUCUUCAUGUGUUUGAUGUAUGGCUUCUUGCCAAACAUCUUCUCAUAGGGGGUACAACCAAUCGCUGAAGAUAACCUGCGAUUGUAACUGUAAACAAAACACGAGAGAGAUUCGGCCCAAUAACUCUCUGGAAGAUUGGCAUCAUGCAGCAAGGUUUUUAAUCCUUGAAGCAAUGUCUGAUUUGCCUGUUCCGCAAGUCCAUUCUGCCAUGGCGAGCGAGGACUAGACAAAUCGUGUUGAAUUCCUUUCUCAGUCAGAAAAGCUUCAAACUGCUGAGAAGUGAAUUUCCCCGCGAUCACUGAAAAGAGUCUUUAUCUUCUUACCAUGCACAUUUUCCAACCAAGCACAGAAUUCCUUGAACCUAGGAAAAGCCUCCGAUUUCUGCUUGAGAUUGUACACAAAAAUAUAUCUAGAAAAUGCAUCAAUGAGAACCAUGAAGUAUCUAUUUCCACCCAAAGAGGGCGAUAGUGGUCCAACCAAAUCAGCAUGAACAACCUGGUAUGGUUCUGUAGCUUUCCUACUAGACACCUUACCUUUCGCAGCCAUUUUCACCUUGUUUGCUGCGCAUGCUUUGCACUUCAUGUGGUACCUGCAGGGUUUAAUAGUCAUACCUUCAACCAAGGCAGGCAUUUUAGAUACUGCCUCAAAAUGCAAAUGACCAAAUUUGCGAUGAAAAGCGUGAAUACAUUCUGCAUGCAAACUUUUGUUAGAACCUGCAAUGCAACAAGUGUCAUCCUUCACCACAUCAUCAUAAUACAAAACAAACAAAUGAUCAACAUAUUCUGCAUGCAAUACAUAAUCAUUUUUCUUUGUGAUGAUGCACUUCUUGUUCUUGAAGGAAACGUCAAUGUUCCGCUCAUUCAGCUGUCCAACGCUGAGCAGAUUAUGUUUGGCGUCUGGCACGUAAAGCACAUUCUGUAUCGAUAAGUCCAAACUGUGAAGAACAACAGUUCCGUAGCCUUUACUGGGAAUAGUGUGGUCAUCCGCCUGGUGAAUCGCACCUUCCUGCGGUGUAAAAGACACAAACAGUUUCUUAUCGUUGCACAUGUGGUGGGUGGCCGCUGAAUCAAUAACGAAGAAAGAUCUAGACGUCUUCUGGACCUCUGCAACCUUUGGAGUGAAGCGUGAAACCAUAGCCUUGUGCUGCGUUGUCCUAGACACCGGACCUUUGCCUUUGCCUCGGCCUUUUCCGCGUGAUGAGCUUCGCUGCGCUGCUCUGUCUUGGCCCUGGGAUGUCUGCAUUCCUCUUCAUAUGGCCUAGACGUCCACACGAGUAGCAUUUCACUGCCUUCAAAGCUUUGGCGCCAUCUGGUGGUUCCACUGCACUAUGGGAUGACGUCUGUGAAGACUCUCCCUUGCCCAUGCAGCUAGCACCCCGGCGAUCUGCUUCAUUUAAAAUCACGGCAGUAACAAAGUCCACUGUCAGCUGAGCAGUUGGUUGCACAGCAAUCUGGGUUGCAACAGACUCCCAACCUGAACCCAAAGAUUGUAGUAUCAUGAAAGAAUACACAGCCUCUGGAAAGUUGAGUCCUCUCUGUUGCAGCUCAUGUCUCAGAUUUUGCAUCUGCAUCAGAUGUAAACGCACAUCUCCACCUUCAGCAAGAGCCAUAUUAUGCAGCUUGUUAAAAUAAAACAUAGUGGAUCCAGCUUCUGUCCUUAAGUGAGCCUCUCUCAGAGCGUCCCAAAUUUCUCUGGCUGAGGUCUUAUCACGCAAUAGACAGAGCUCUUCUGGGGAUACUAUCAAUGUAAGAGUUCCCUUGCUUUGGAAUCCUUAGCUUCCCAUGCAUCUGUAACUGGAACUGGGGGUUUCUGUAAUCACUUCAAACAAACCCUCUUCCGCAGAAUUGCCUCUGCAUACUGAACCCAGUCGCUGUAAUUUUUCUUGUUGAGCUUAGGAAUCCCACAAGCAUCCUGAAGGGCCAUCAUGACUCUGGCAUUAGCCUUCAGCGUCAUAUGCUGCUUUAAAUCUUGCUGCGUCACUGCUGCAGCUGCCUCAUUACAAAGGCACACUUAAAAGUUACUUCGAUUUCCCCAGCAUAGUGACUUGUGCCUGGGAGCCUUUUGCCUAUUCCUGCAAAACCGGCUUUAAAAGUUCAAAGUCCAGCCAUAAAGCCAUUAUCUUGAAGCUGGCAGGCUGCCCGGAGCAGUAGCACAUACCUCAUCAAUCACUUCUACGCGCAGAGCAGAUUCCUUUCCGAUCCGUCCCUCUGCAUUCCGAUCCUUUGCCGGCACUCCGAUUCGACCUCUGGGCCCAUAACCACGUGUUGAUUUAAAGCAGAGUCUGUCGUGGCCAGCGGAAGGAUGAAGAAUACGUGCUCCAUACUCCAUAUAGCUUUAUUUACAGUUCAAAGCUGGUAUAUUACAGAAAGACAUCUUGCCUCUGCAGGAGCAGAGAAAAUGCAUCCUCUCUCCUCUCUCAGCUCGGAGAGAAUCACACAGUGAAAAAAACAGGAAACCAGUGUACGUCACAUCCAGUCUCCCUUUCCCGUGAGAAACUCCAACAGUACAGACUGUGGAAUGUAAACACCUGUCUCAUGACAAGCAGAGCUGCACAGUGAAGGAAAGCAGAAACCAACAAAUAUCAAUUCAAGAAACCUUUGGCUGUGACUAAAAAGCCCUCUUAAAGAGUCAGGUUUUAACCAGCCACCAAACAAUGAGAGAAGUGGUUAGGUGAGGUUCUGAUCAAAAUACACCCCAGAGUGUAGGUACUACCACAGAGAAAGCCUUGGAACUCUAUGCUCCAUUUUUGUGAAAGGUGGACUAACACCUCUCCCCAUAGAUUUAAGAGAGCAGAUUUUCAUGAAGCCGAUGAAUACCUUUCACAUGGUGUGUUAAAAUUGGCUUGCAGGAAUGGGGUGAAGGGUCAGUAUUUGAAGUCACCCCAAACAGGGAAUGCAUUCUUAAAAUAUUUUUUCUAAUGAACUUGUUUUCUACUGAUAAAAUUGUGUUGGUCAAGAACAAAAUAGUUCUUGAUGCUGAAAGAUUGGUUCCAUUUCCCCCCAGUGCUGCACAUGCUGGGUCACAAUAAGGGAAUAAGGAUCACAAAGCAAAGAAGAAAGAAGGAUCAACAGAUCAACAGCAGAGGAUCAACAGCAAAGUAAUUCUAAUGGUUCUGAGAAUAUUUCACCAUUAGAAUUACUCUGCUUUUGUUUCUGUUGAUCCUUCUUUCUUUUUUGCUUUGCAUGUGUUGAGAUCUUUUAGCUGAGCCUCAUUACAAUGGGAAGAAAAUAAUGUGAGCACCUCCUCUUUCCCACCCCUUUUAUAGACAUGCAUAGCAGGGCUCCCCUUUAUUUUCUGGAAAUAUUAUUUCAGAUCUCUUCAUCUGCACAGUUUAUCUCAAAUAGGGCAAAGGUGGGAGGUAGCCUGUCAAACCAGAGUAAGAAAAGUAGGUAAAGGUGUAUUUAUUUUAAUUUUCUAAUGUAAUAAGAAACUGGAUCUGCCUUAUGACAAAUGUAAUGUCUUCUAAUGUGAAAUAAUUUACUUGAGAAAAAUGCAGCUUGUGCAUAGAAACAGACUCAGAUGGUUCAUAUACUUCCUUGAACUGGACCUUGCAAAAGUGCCAUGAAACACUUCAUAAUGCAGUUAAUUCAACUGCUAAUAAGACCAACAUUUUGCCCAUUUUGCCCUGUUUUUAAAUAAUAGAAUCACAGAAAAUAAGCAAACUUUUUUCGAAUAUGCUCUCAGUUACCUAAUCACCACUAAUGUUCUUGGUAAUAUUUCUAAUUUCAUUACUCAUUUAUCUUAAAUCAUUGCUAAGCAUGCUGUUCUUUUGGUAAUGACAAAUAGUGAUCAAAAUUUGACAAUGAAUUGCAAAUUUCUGGCUUUAUUUUGUGUGUAUUACUUCUACAAAAGCAGUGCUUUUUCUGUGUGAUAGUUAAUUCUCCGGUUACUAUACUGCAUCCUGGUUGAAGGUUUGAUAUCUGCAUCUCUUUUUUCCCAUAGCUUGGAUUUUCUUGCAUUUACAUUCCUUGACUGUAAAAAAAACCAUAGGUUUGCAUUCAGUGUACCACUAAGGAGAUAGGUUUCAUCCCCCUGUGGGAGGGAAAUGCCACUGACGCUAGAACAGUGAGUUAGUUGAAUAUAGCCCAUAGAAUGUUAAAUUAUCUUAGGAUAUGUAGUUUUACCUUCAGUCAUAGUUGGACAUACUAUCAAGCUCCGUAUCAAGGUUUGUUAGAAAACACUUGAAAACUUCAGACAGAAAACUAGUUACUGGCUUUGAUAUGAGGAACAAUUUCCCCAUGUGGUCACUUCCAUUUAUUUUCCAUGUAAAAAGAAAGAAAAAAGAGUGGCAAAGUCACACGAGAGGACUCUCCUUAACCAGUGAUUGUUGGAAUCAUUACUACUACUAUUGGGGAAAAGCAAGCAGGAAUACAGAUACAGCUUUGAGUAAAAGUAUAGAUACGUGUGUUUCAGAAUAUAUAUAUUUUCAUUGUCAGAAUGUCCAUAAUACAGUCUACUCAGCUUAGCUUUCCAAGUGUCUUGAUCGGUGCUUGACUGGAAUGCAGUGCUGCACCUAACUCCAUUCAGCUGCCGAGGUUCCAGAAUAGUUAGUUGAAUACUAUGAGGUAUGCAAAAGAAAGCUGCCUGUGCAUAUAGGAGAUUGCAGAGUUUAGAAUGACAACUUGGUACAGCACAGUACUUGUUUUAAUAUUGGACGUCUUCUUCAUGAAUAUCAUCAUUCAUGAACAAAUAGUGUAUAGCUGUAAGUCUAUGGGUUGCAUCCAAUGAAGUCAUCCCAUUUGCACAAGGGCUUAUGCUUUUGCGGUGGAGCUUCUCCCUUUCCCUUCAUGUUUUCCCCAAAUCUGUUCUGUUCCCCAGUCCUCUGGAGCAGAUUUUGGGGUGAGCACAUGGGGAGCAUUGGGAGGCGAAGUGCCAUUGCAAAACAGAAGUCCUUCUGUGAAUGAGGCUACAUCGUUGGAUCACAUCCUAACUCCGUAAACCAAUUUAAGACUAAGCAAAUGGAUGUGAAAUAAUGAAAUAAUGUAUGCAGCUUGGAGCUGAGCACUCCAUAGAUGUUAAGUUUAAACAUUACGGAAAUCUUUGCUCAUUUCCAAACUUUGGGUUGCAAUUCUAGACACUAUCCAGCAUAUAAAAGACAGCAAGCACAUUGUUGUGUACCAUAAGGGAUGCUAUUACAAAGUAUGGCUGUACUAUGAUGGCAGACUGCUGAAACCCCGGGAGAUUGAACAGCAGAUGCAGUGGAUUCUAGAUGACAAAUCAGAGCCCCAGCCAGGGGAAGAGAAGUUAGCUGCUCUUACGGCAGGAGACAGGUAUGACACCCCAAAACAAUUGCCAAUCAUUUCUCAAAACUGGAAAACAAUUUGGGGCUACUUUCAGCUUUAAGAGUCUUUCUGCUUGUUGUUGUUUAGUCAUUUAGUCGUGUCCGACUCUUCGUAACCCUAUGGACCAGAGCACGCCAGGCACUCCUGUCUUCCACUGCCUCCCACAGCUUGGUCAAACUCAUGUUCAUCUAUAGCUGCCUAAAUGUUUGCUGACUAUCCCUGUUAUUAUUCUGUAGAGUCUGUUUCAUAUAGUCUUCAAGUGCUUUUUUAUUUAUACUAUUGUAAGAUGGACUGACUGACAUCUUAGCACAGUGUAUCUGGGCUUCUCAAGCUGAGGAGGGUUACAAACAAGGUAUUAAUAGUUGCACUGUAGAAUUUGCUGGGUACACCCAGUGAUAUUUCUUGGGAGGGCAAGUAUACAGAGUGUUUAGUGGUCUGGACAAUUUUGUAACUUUUGAGGACCUAGUACUUGCCAUCUGUGGAUCUUGGACUUGUAAUGCAUGGAUAGGGAGAUUCCACAUUGAGCAUUGGAUCUUUGUGUUCAGAUAGCAUUCUGUGCAUCUUUAGAGGAGCAGGGCUGGAGACUCAGAAGCCUGAGAUAUGUGCUUGAACUUGCUGCACACAGAAGUUCUAUGGAUAAAGGUCAUCUGAACCUGCCCAGAGACACUAUCAUAUUUUAAGCCACUGAAUAGUGUAUCCAUAUAAACUUGAGAGAGCUUGUGUGCACCUUCCAUUUUAGACUUCACUGUCUGUGGAAAUUGCAUUUUUCACAUUCAGAGUGUGUUGGUUCUUAUUUUUCCCCUGCACUACUUUAAAUCUGAUUUAAAAGAGGGUGGUUGUAAGGUUAGUUGCAUUCACUGACUUGGCAUAAUGUCUCUGUUUAUAUUUUUCUGGCAGAGUACCUUGGGCUAAGGCUCGCCAGACAUAUUUUGCCCGGGGAAAGAACAAGCAGUCUUUGGAUGCUGUUGAAAAGGCAGCUUUCUUUGUGACUUUGGAUGACACUGCUCAGGGUUACAGGGAAGAGGAUCCAGUGACAUCAAUGGACACCUAUGCAAAGGCACUUCUACAUGGCAAAUGCUAUGACAGGUAUUUUGGGGUGUGGGAAGCAGACAUGAUCUUUCGCUUUUUUAUAUAUGUGUCCCACUUGCCUUGUUCAUACAUGGUGGUAGGUUUAUAUUUUAUCCUGGAACUUUGAUACAGUAAGCCCACAGCUUGCACACAUUUAACUUGUGCACAUUCAGCUUUACGUACCUGACUAAAUGAAUGAAUGAAUGUGGGUGGAAAGUGGGUGGGUUCCGGAGGAAAUGACAUUAGCAACCCCACUCGCCAUUGAACCCAAUGUGCUUUGAAUGUACAUGGUUUUGGCUUUAGGUGCAAUCACCGGAACAUAACCCUCACAUAAGUUGUGGGCUUAGUGUAUUAUCUCUUACACUGAGAAUCAAAAUGGCACAAACAAAACAGUUUUUUUGUUCAGUGCCAUGCGUAUAAAAGGCAUAACUUGCUUUAAUAUAGUUUGUUACAUAUUUUACUUAAGGACCAUUAAAAUAUUUAAAUAAUUCUUUAAAUAAUUCUUUUCUUUUCUCUCUCUUUUUUUUUAGAUGAAAUGUGUUUGUGAUAUUUUUCUUAGCUCUGGAUUUUCUUUUUUAAGCAUUUGAUGAAUGUCACAUUUCUAACCUAUAGUGAAGUGCCCCUGGAUAUUUAUUUACAAAUACGUGUUUCAUACAUAUAACUACAUAGUUUCUCUCAGUGGUUGCCAGGGAUUGUACCUUCUUGGUGAGGGUACUAAGGAUUCCCUAGCCCCUUCCACUGCAGAAUACACUUCCUGGGAAGAGGGAAUAACCGUGUUGUAGAUUUGCCUGUUGUAAAACUUGGAUAAAACAAACUAUUUUGCUAUGUUAACUAAUCUUACUUGCUUUUUAUUUUUUGUAAUAUGUGAUGCAGCUGCGCAUUUCAUCUGCCCAGAGCCUACAUGGCUUUCAUAUCAUGUAUGUUAAGUUUCACAAGUUCUUAUUUCAUACUAAUCAACCUUGUGUUCGUUACUCAUUUCACUUUGAAGUUGCUGCUAUAAAUGUAUGGUAAAUCUAACUCUUCAUUUUAGGUGAAUAGCAAGUCUUUAUUUGCAAAGCUAUAGCUUUCAGUAACACAAUGUUGUGGGAACUUUCUGUCUCUUAUAGGUGGUUUGACAAGUCAUUCACUCUUGUAGUGUUUAAGAAUGCUAAAAUGGGCCUGAAUACGGAACAUUCUUGGGCAGAUGCUCCUAUUGUUGGCCAUCUUUGGGAGGUGAGUGUGUGAAUAUUCAAAGUGGAGGCAAACCAAAAUUAAACUUGGUUACAGUACUUUAAAAGCUUAGCUCAGUGUAACAUUAUUGCAAGCAGUGGGCAUGGAAUCUAAAAGCACUUUUCUUCUCUCUGUGUUCCAGAGAAGGGAAAAGUUACAGCACAAAAAUACAUUAGAAAAGCCUGCUUCUGUAGAACUAAGACGAAGCUUAGAUGAAGUCAAAAGAAGAAAAUGCCACUUAUCUCUGUUCCCUAAUGUCUGUGAAACAUUUUGUUGCUCAGAUUCUUUUAUUCCCCCCCCCCCAAGCUUACAACUAAAAUUUCGUUCUGUAUUGGCAAAUGAUAGGCCACAGGGUAAACACAGAAACAGUUUUCCAUUGUUUUAGGCAUUGACGUGAUCCUAAGCCUUAUCAGUGUGUCAGGCGUCUCAAGGAGGUCACUCAGAGCUACUAAUAAACCUUGUAUCUUCUUCAGCCUGGUGCAUGGUUUCAACUUGACUAAAGCCUUUCUAAGCCUUCUGUUCCCAUGUUCCAGCACAGACAGACCGAUACAUUUCUGCCCUUAAAGCAAACCAUUGGUCCUGCUUGAAUGGUGAAUCGGGAGUUCUCUCGAACAGUGUUUGCUUCCAUUCCACAGUUUCUGGGGUGGUCACCUUUAACGUGCACACAUAUUCACCCCCCAAAAUUAUCUGAGUAACAAUCAGAAGAGAUUUAAGUGCACUUAAAUGCAGAUAAGUAUCAAAUGCUGAAAGGCAAGGUUGGCAAUUUUAAACAACUCAAGGUACAAUAAGUUUUGUAAAAUAGUAGCAAUAACAAGGGUGCUGAUCCUCUUUUUCUUUCUAGAUCCUUUUUUUUAAAUCUCAGAGGUUUUCUAUAGUGAUUUAAGCACGUUUCAUGUUCUACACCAGUGUAUUUAUGGUGUAUGUAAUGAUGUGCUUUCCUUGCUUCCCUCUUCCAACCCCGAACUCAUUCCCAGAAUGUGAUGUCCUCCGACUGUCUUGAGCUGGGCUACACCGAAGAUGGCCAUUGCAAAGGAGAAGCUAUUUCAGGCAUUCCUAUGCCUACCAGACUGCAGUGGGAAAUCCCUGAAGAAGUAAGUGCAAAGCCACUUCUGGGUCAAUAUUGCAACUUUCAUCCUGCUGACUGAAGUGAUCAUCUGUCCAUUUUUCAGUAAAGAUAGCUAUUGUCUAGCUAGGACUUAAAUUAAUCAAGAGAUGUAUUUUCAUGAGAUCUGCUAGGAAGAAAACCCAAUAGUGUUGCACAUUAUAAUUCUUGUUAUUUUUUAAUCUGUUUUCAAAUGCAGAUCACAGAAAUUAUUGAAUUAAUUAAUUAAUAUCCUGCCUUUCUCCCAGUGCAGGCAACUUAAAACAUGAAUUUAAAAAACACACGAUUCAGCUAAAAAACACAUCAAUCCGUUAUAUAUAUAUAUAUAUGAUAACGAAACAAGUUACCAUAUUCAAAAAGCACUGAAUCAAAAGAAAACCAUUUAAAAACCAGUUAAAAGCAAAAGAACAAAAUAUACAACACCCACCAUUAGAAGACCAUGCCACAACAUUGACCAGUUAGUGGCCAAUGACCUGUCUAAUCAAAAACAGGAAAGCGGGGGUGGGGGGGAGCAUAGCCUCCUGUGGAAUGGAGUUGCACGAUUCAGGAGCAGCCACCAAGAAGGCCCUUGCCAAAUGUGCCUGUGAGGGUGGUGGGACCAAGAGAAAGGCCUCCCUUGAUGACCCCAGAAUCUGGGCAGGCACAUAGAGAUGCUGUCCUUCAGAAAGCCUAGACCCAAGCUGCAUUAGGUCAUAACCAGCACUUUGAAUGCUUUUUUUUACAUGCCCAAGUUUUCUUGUGCAAAAUCUUCUACAUCAUUAAAGAGGCACAGAUCUUCCCACAGUUGCCUGGGCAAAGGUCUCAUGCCAUUCCGCUUCCUGCCCAUUGUCCUCAUUAUUGGAAUGUUAAAUUUAGAUCAUUCCAAAAUACACUCCUGCUUUCAUGCUUCUCACAGGGACCUGGUUGUCCACUCUGGGAACAGGAUGCUGGAUUAGAUGGGCCACGGGCCUCAUCCAGCAGGUCUUUACAUGCACUUGCCAUAUGCCUGAAUUCCUGUGCCUCAUAGGGUUUCACUUCACAGGUCCCUUAAUAUGUAUGUGAAUGUGUCUAAAUUGCAUAAGCAGUUCUGGAUGUACUGAACUAGCUUGGCUAGUGCUAAUAUUUCCCAAUUCCAAAUGCUGACCUUCAGUGGCUUAUUAGAAAGGCUCUACUCUUAUUUCUGUAACUUCAUCACUUCAUUUAAACUGUUUGACAACAUUUGUUGGCAUAACUCAGUAACAUUUUUCAAAAUUGUACUUUUUAAGUAGUACAAUUUGUUUGUACACUCAUAACUUUUUUCAGAAUUCAUAUAAAAAUAUAUUUUUAAUGCAUUUGCUUUUUUAUUUUUGGUUAUCUUUUCGUACAACAAACUAAUGGAACUGUCCAGCACUGGUAAAUAGAAUGGGGUUAGGAGUGAGGGGCGGGUGACUAGAAACAUUUCUUUUAUUUUAAGUGAUGCUGGUUUUAUAUUCAGAACAAUAGAGAAUUAAUAAAUCUUUCCAUGCUAGAAUUUUUACUAGAUUCACGGCAAAGUUCCAUUUGCAUGAACUGCAGGAAACUGUUACUUUUGAAACUAAGCUCCAAAGCAAAAUUAAAUUGCUAAACAAAAAUAUUUAAUUUUCAUCUUCUUAAACUUUUUAAAUGCUGUUUUUUAACCUGCCCUGAGACCUCAGGGUGAAGGGUGGGUAAUUAAUAAUAAAAAUGAAAAUAUAAAAUGCGUGGAACUAGUUUUGUAAUGUAACACUUGCUACUGUUUAGUGCCAAGAAGUGAUUGAGAGGUCCCUGGCCGUGGCAAGGCCUCUAGCAGAGGAUGUGGAUUUUCAUUCUUUUCCUUUUGACACAUUUGGGAAAGGAUUGAUGAAGAAAACAAAGACUAGCCCUGAUGCAUUUGUGCAACUUGCCCUGCAGCUUGCUCAUUACCGGGUAAGUAUCCUCAGCAUGGUGUUCUGUAUGAGAUACUUUAUAAAAGAAAUAUCUAUCUGUGUGUUUGUGUGCACUUUAAAUAAUGGUUUCCUUUCAUUUCUCUUUAAUGAAAGAAUGCAUUAUAAAUGAGAAAACAAUAAUGCAAGGAAACUAGUAAUUAAAGUGCUGCGACUGUUAAGGAGCAGUUCAUCGCUUAUCUGCGAACAGUAUCAAAAAGCAAGAAAUAAAAUGGGCUGAAUCUGCAAAUGGCAAUCUUUUUCUGAAACACAUUCAUGGUGCUUCACCUGCCUACACUGGAUAGGCUGGGACUGCUGUUGCAUUGUACCGUAUUUAAAAAGUCACAAAUAAGGUCUCAGAAACAUGACAUCACAGAAAAUACUGGGAUGCAAUGCUUUGACAUUAACAUUACCUGACUGCUCCAUUAAAAGGUAGUUAACAAAGGAUGGCUAAUUCUGUGUGGGAAAGCUAGUAUGGAAAUAUCAGUUGCCAACAGUAAAGAGACUUAUGGAUCCCUAGAAUAAUUUUGUAACUCACAUUCCUUGCAAAAUUAUUAAUAACCUAUGCCUUCGUCAAAUCCAUGCUUAUGCUUUCUCAAAAAAGCCAAGUCUUACUCAUAUAGCUCUCAAUGAAUCAUAGGUUUGAAGAAGCAUGUUUACAUGAGUGAUCUAAUCAGCAUUGCAUACCUUGGUUUUCAAAAUGUUUUUGAGAUAGUUACUCCUUGAAGGUCCUUAACAUAGAAUUCAGUUCUCAAAAAGCACAUGGCAGAUCUGGAAAGAAUGCAGAAAAACACAACUGCAGGGACAAUCUAGUGCAGAUUUACCUUGAAGCAAGCACCGUUGAACUCAAUAGGACUUACUUCUCAGUAGACAAACAUCAGAGUAGUAAUGGCUUUUCCUAAUGAAGAAAAGCUAAGAAGCUAGGGAACUCUAGUUUAGAGGACUGACAGUAUACUCCUUUGUAAACUAAGCCCUACUGGAUAUACUUUGUCUCAAUAGGAAACAUAAUAUGGUGCUGAAAGUCUUCCUACAUACACAUGCAUGUUCUUUCUCUGUUUAUGAAAACUGGUUCCAUGCAGCCAUGUAGAAUAUCACACUGACAUGAGUGAUGCAAGGUAUUGCUUAUUGGGUGCAUAAUGGCAUCUCACCAAUAUGAGGGAUAUGUGCUCAUACACAUACAUGCCCCAUAUAUUUUUCUGCACAAUCCAUGAAGCUGGUGUGCAUGCAUGAGAGAGAGACACAUACACAAUGCACACAUACUUUUCUGCAGGUACUCAUCCAGCUAAUGUGUUGCUUGCCAGUCCUCUAACAGAGAUCAUUGAGAACACAGAACUCAUUGAGGGAAAUAAUAUUUCCAUCAGCAAUAGUAUUUCCACCAGAUGCUCAGAACAAAGAGGACUAUAAAUGAGUCCUUGUCAUUAAUUUGGUGCAUAAUUUUUAGGUUGUGGAUUCUUUAUGUUAAUUCAGCAUAUGUCGCAUGUACCCAGUGUUUCUCAGGGCUUGAAUUUGCUGCUUGCAUCUAAAUCUCUCUCUGAAUUAUUUUUAGGACAUGGGGAAAUUCUGCUUAACAUAUGAAGCAUCAAUGACCCGCCUAUUCAGAGAAGGCAGAACAGAAACAGUUCGUUCAUGUACUGUCCAGUCAUGCAAAUUUGUGCGAGCUAUGGAUGAUCCAACUGAAAGUGUGAGUUUAAUGUAGCAAUCAGUUAUAGCUUUGCUUUUAUUUUUAUGUACAGUUGCAUGCAGCUUCUUGGGAAACAAACAUUGCUGCUUUCUUAUCCAGCAUAGUAGUUAAAAUGGCGCCAUCAGGCCAUAUGGAGCCCUUGUUAGGAGAAACUGUAAGGAAUACAAGAAAAUAAUAAGAAAUUCUGCUGCAGCAAAAUCCAACUUUUACCUUUAUCUGAAAUAUGCCUCACCCCUUUUAGACAGAGCAUAUUAAGUAUUAUAAGCAUGCUAUCUUAUGCUGCGUGUGUGUUUUCCUUUCUGAAAUAAAGCAUCUUGAAAUAGACAUUUGUAAGCUACUAUAACAGUGUGAAAUAAAGGAUGGGAAAACAAACAUUUCUGAUUUGCACCAUCUGGUGGUCAGUGAUGAAACGCUCUAGCUGAGAAAAUUGGACAAAACAUAUGUUUCUAUAUUAGGACUCAAGAUUUUUAAUAUGGGGUGGAAUUCAACGUCAUGCUAAUACAGUUGCUCUGUCAGUGCAAGUAUUUCUGCUUCCCCUCUCCCCAUAAGCUGUUCUGGAGAGUUCUCCCAACCUUCCCAGAGAUGGUGUGGGGCAUGAGGGAAGGGGAACUCGUUGUUCUGCCUCCCACUGGUACAGCUAUUUUUGUUAAAUCAGACUCAUGAUCCCAAGCAUUGACUCUUUCAAGAUGUUUUUGUUUUCAGUAGUAAAAUUGGUUAUGGAAAUCAUUUUCAUUUCUAAAGCAGUUAAACAGUCAUGUGUUAAUAAUGGGUGUCAAGCAGCAUUAAAUCAAUGCUUUCUUUUUAUUGGUGUCUUAUUCCAAAUAGUAGGUGGAGAAAAAAAGUAGUGUUCAUUAUGCCAUAGGAGUGCAAAAUAUAAGCUGUGAAUUGAUUUCAAACAUUUUCUGUAAUACAAUGUUUUAAAAAUUGGCAUGUGCACUAAAAUUCUGCCAAUCAUUCCAAGGUUAUGGAAUGUGACUUCAUAGAGGCCCUAUGUGAAGCUUUAAAGUUUUUAGUAAUAUUGAAUAGUAGUUGCAUUUAUAGAAGGAUAUAUCAGUGUUUUACUGUAUAAUGACGAAUCUGUAGUCACCAGGAUAAAGUUCUGAUAGCUUAGGGUUGCCAUACAAACAGUGUCCAGGCGGAGUUCACUGAAAAGAAGCUCAACAACUUUGUGUCCGGAUUUUCACUUUUAAAAUAUGGCAACCCUAUAAUAGCUAAACUAUUUUGCAUUGGUCUGUGUCCAAUAUACACAAGUACCCUAAUUUUAUAUAAGAACUGUCCAUAUUCUCCAAACCAGAGUUUGAGAGACUGUCUUGAAAUAUCACAGUCAUACUGACUGAUGUGGACAAUUUUUCAGACUUUUACUCUGAAAUAUUAAAGGAUCCAUUAAUUUAUGAAGAGAUCCAUUAAUGUAUUAAGUACCAUUCAUUUGAAUUUUGCUAGUUGACUCUGCAAUCCAGAGAAGUACUGUGAUAUCUGUAUAUGUACAGCAGUACCCUUCCAUGAUUCCCUACUCCCUGGUCCCUACUACUACCCUUUAUUAGGAAUUUCAACAGGGUUACCAAAACAUCCCUGGAAUUUAAAAAAAGCAUUUGCAGUGUGAUAGGAUACUGUAGCAGUAGGAUACUGAAGGCGGAGAAAGAUAAAAGAGAGCUCUGCAUGCCUCUGUGUGCCCAUAAUGUUCUGCCUUUUUCUAGGCUUUCAGGUUACUCUAAUGCUAUUUUAAAAUGAACAUUUUGAAUUUUCCCUCCCUUAAUCCUCAGAUUGAAAAGAAGCGUGCUCUAUUCAAGGCUGCUGCUGAUAAUCAUCAGCACUUGUAUCGUCUUGCCAUGACUGGUUCCGGCAUUGAUCGCCACCUUUUCUGCCUUUAUGUGGUAUCCAAAUACCUCGCUGUUGAAUCUCCUUUCCUUAAGGAGGUAAGUAGUGAUAUAAUGUGCUACUGAUCACAUAAGAAGUGGGAACUGUAUUUUUUGGUUGACAUACAAAGAGAUGCCAUGUUUCUGGGCAUUUUGAAGCAGGGAAGUAAACUAGUUUUGUGGGUGUUAAAUAUAGUGGUACCUCGGUUUACAUAAGCUUCAGGUUACAUACGCUUCAGGUUACAGACUCCGCUAACCCAGAAAUAGUGCUUCAGGUUAAGAACUUUGCUUCAGGAUGAGAACAGAAAUCGUGCUCCAGCGGUGCGGCGGCAGCAAGAGACCCCAUUAGCUAAAGUGGUGCUUCAGGUUAAGAACAGUUUCAGGUUAAGUUCGGACCUCCGGAAUGAAUUAAGUACUUAACCUAAGAUACCACUAUAAAGGUAAUUUAGGCCUAAUUUAAAACAACUGAUUUACGUUUCAUAAUUAUAUGAUCAAUAAAUAAAUAUAUUUUUAUAAACAUUUAAAAGUAUAGACAGCAGUGGGCCAUAUGGACAAAUAGUUUAACUCAAUAUAAAGCAGCUUCCUAAAUGUUUAUUUUUUUUCCAAACAAGGGUUACAAAUAUAUCCAAUAUUGAGAGAGCUCUGUGAGCUGUUGUGCCCUAAGUAAAUCUUAGUAUUGCUAGUUGGGAACAGGAAUAUCUGAUGGUGCAAUGAUUCAUACACACAUGUGCAUCAACCUUGCUGAAUUCAAUAUCUUCCACAAAGCACCAUUUUCAUGAAUACUCCUGCUCAGUGGCAGAGUUACAGUCUUGCUGAAGCACAGCAUAGUUUUAAUGAGCAGCAUUCUCUGUUGCUCAUCAUGUGAAAAUCUAAAGCACGCUUCUUUGUCAUAGAGCAUUGACAUGUCCUAUAAUCUACCAGUCACACUGAUGUGUAAUAGGAAGACAUUUUGGCAUGAAAGUGGCAUAUACAGUAAUAAAAUUAAUGAUCUCCAUUCAUUCUGGUGCACAUUGGAAUAUUGUGACAGUACAAUUGCUUGCUGACAUGCUUCCACUAGGAAACUGCAGACCCAGUGCUUCAGAAGAAGAAAAUAUUUGUAGAAGAAGGAAUGGGUUGUUUGGUGGAACUACACCCCUUGCUAACUGUGCUGUUCUGCUUAUUUUCUCAGGUUUUGGCAGAACCCUGGAGACUUUCAACCAGUCAGACACCCCAACAGCAUAUUGAUCUGAAUAAGAACCCUGAAAUGGAAUCCAGCGGUGGAGGGUUUGGACCUGUAAGUUGAAUGGUAUCUGUCUUUAAGAGAGGCAAGCACCAGUGCCCUAAGUACACUUCUGCCAGUUAUACCUGCCUGGUAUAGCAAAAACACUUUCAGUGUAACAUAUUAUCCUCAAACUGGCACGGCACACAGCAUCCCAAGCAUUCCAUGAGCUGACACAGCAAGUCAUAGGACCAUGACGAUGUAAACCUUGAGCUCUCAUCUCUAUGAGGAAAAGAGCUAGUGUAAUGGUAAAGCAAACGAACUGUUAGCUACGGAGUCCGCAGUUUCAAUUUUAGCUUAUGAACUUACUGUAUGGUCUUAGGUAAAUUGUCAUUCUAUUAAAAUGAAUGCCCCCACAGCCCAGUAUUAGUAUUAACUGAAACAUACAUUCAGGGCUUUUCUGUGGUGGCUCCGUGCUUGUGAAAUGCUCUCCCCAGGGAGGCUCACCUGGUGCCUUUGUUGCAUAUCUUUCGGCAUCAGACAAAAACAUUCCUCUUCUCCUAGGCCUUUGGCUAAUUAAACCUUCUAUGGCCUUUUAAACUGGGCAGUGUUGGUUACUGUGGUAUGUAUAUUUGUGUUUUUGUGUUUUUAUAUUGUAAACUACCCUAUGAUCUUCAGAUGAUGGUCAAUAUAGAGGCAAGCAAGCAAGCAAGCAAGCAAGCAAGCAAGCAAACAAACACUUAAGGAAAUGCUAAAUGUUUGAUUAUAUAAACAGAGCCCCAGAAAACACUUAGCAAACAAACUCUAGCAAUUUCCCUACAUGUUGCCAUGUUGGUCAAGGCCUUUCUCCCUAUACAUUAAAUAUUGUGAUCAAAGGAAGUAUACCUGGGGUGAGAAAGCAAGGUUUAUACAGAUUUGAGUUUGUUUAGAAACUUAGUUGAUAAUUCUUCUGAGUUUGGGCCAUGAACUCUUGCAUAUAUAAUUCAUUAAAACAUAAAAGCUUGACAUUUGCCACUUGAAUUUUGUUUUGUUUUUUAAAUGGGCGUAGUGUCUUCAGAAUACCUUUGGUGAUAAUACAGAAUAUGUGCCCAAGGUGUUCUAGAACCAUUUUAUCAUUAUGGGAAAGUACUCAGGUGAGUCUUGGGUUGGGGCAUUCCCUCCUCCCCUCUUUUCUGGCACAGUCAAGGAAAAGAUCAGAAGUGUUUAGCAUCUCUUCUGAACCCAGACAAACUGCAACUAUUCUUUCCUAUGGAUUACCAAAUCAAGCUAAGUUCAAACCUUAAUGAAAUUGGCUUAUUUUAAUAAACCGUGGUUCAUAUUAACCACUAUUUAUGGUGCACAUAACAUGCUAAACUGUGGUUAAUUGGACACAGAAGGGAAAGCUUCAGAUCUGUUUGUGGCUGGCCACAAGGGAGGAGGGGGGAGCAUGCAAGUCUAAGGCUCAUCUAGGCUCAUUCCUGCAACAAUAAAUUAUAGUUGAUCAUUACAUCUGAACAAAGUCUAUUCUACUAUUCUUAAGAGGAUUUUAAAAGAUAAAUCAUUAGAGGCUUUUACAUGAAUGUAUAUUAACACACUCCAAAUGCUUCUUCCACAGGUUGCUGAUGAUGGUUAUGGUGUCUCAUAUAUAAUCGUGGGUGAUAAUCUUAUCAAUUUCCAUGUAUCCAGCAAAUUUUCUUGCCCUGAAACAGUAAGUGUCUGAAGUCCAGAGCAUUCUGUACACUCAGUUAAUAGGCCUAGUGUUCUGUUAGAGAAACUUGUGUUUGGGAUAUUUUUAAAUAUUUGUCUGGCAGAAGAUUGAGUCUAAAAGUUAAAAAAAAAUAACCCAACAGAUUUUUUCAAAAUAAAAGCUAUAUGUUUUCUAGACUAUAUCUGUUAUGGAUACUAUGGUUUUCUGUUCCCGAUAAAUAUGCAAAUAUUUUGUUUGUAUUGAGGAGUCAUCAUUCAUAGUUCAAGCAGUAUUGUACAAUUUGCUGUCCUUUGUGAUGUUAUAUUAUUUUGUUGUAUUUCCCCCGAAGCUUCAGAACUGGUCUGUCUUAGGAGUCAGAAUGUCUCAGAUUAGAAGAUCCUGGAGUAUGUCACAGGCUCGCAUACCAUGACAGUUGUUCCAUCUCUCCAAACUAUUGUCGAGAUUGAUCCAAUCAGUGCUAUUACAAAUAUUUUUCCUUUGUUCAUAUAACCUCACAUUAUCCAAAAUGUCCUUGACCUGUCUCCUUAUUUGCACAGUUUCUUGCUCAACCAUGUUGUUAGUUUGUCCCAGCUAUCCUGGUGCAGAAUGGAUGCUGCUACUAACUGUAAUCAGUUACAUUUACUAGAACUUCUGCAUAGAUUUUAAUGCUUCAUAUGUUUAGUUACAUUUAGAGAAGCCUUUUCUCUGACAGUUGAAUUGAUGUUAUCUCUUUAAACCUGAUGCUGUUUUUUAAAAUAUGCUGUGUUCUUUAUGUUGCCUUGUAUACAGUAUCACAGGAAAUGUGGAUUCACUGCUGUUGGUCAAGGCACAUUAAUUUUCAUUAGGCCUUCUUGACUUUAUGGAGUUUGUGGGGACUAGAGGUCCUUUAACUUUCUACACAAAUGCAGUUCCCAUCCUGCCACAAAUCAAACUAUGCAACCUAGCCACAGUAUGUUGCAAACAAAGAAAAGAAUCAGAUACAAGAAACAUUUUAAUCUUCUUUGUUCUUGACCACUUAACAAUGAGACUUCUGUCUAAGGAGCAACAAAAAUUCUUCUAAGCUACUGUGGUGUUUUAGAGAUACUGAAUGAAAAUGGGGUGUGUUAACUGGUACACCUCCUUGUGGAUCAAGCUCUGAGCAGACUGAUAUUGUAAAACAAAUACAGCAAAGAAGUAAUAGCAAACAGUUAAUAUCUCCCCCUCCUUCUCCUCCCCAAAUAUGUAUCAAGAGAAGUAAAUCGUUCACUUGAAAACCUGCACAUAUAAACCCCUCCUGUGUUUGUAUGGUGUGAAUUACUUGAUGUAUUUACCUGUAGACUUUGUAUUGUUAUCGGCAGGUUCUCAUUUAUAAGAAAACAAUGAUUCCUAUUAUGUAUUGCAUUAUAUCUCCAUAGUCCAAUAUUACUGUUAAGGUGAAACCAGUUUCUUGCAAUUUUUUUCACCAGUAGGAAAUUACAUAUUUAUCUAUGAAAUUGUUUUUUAAAACUCAUAGAUGGUGGGAUCCAGUGGAUGUCACUUUGCUGAAAGGAUCCAUCAGCAGAACAGGGAGGGAGGCAAUUUUUGGCAAUUCCCCAACUCCCUCCAUGUCUGUUCUGGAGGGUUGGGGGGGCAUCUGGAGCAGAUUUUUGGAAUAAACAGAAGGCUGCUGGGGGCAUAGCUGCCAACUUUCCCCUUUUUUUAAGGGAAAUUCACUUAUUCCGAAUAGGAUUCCUCACAAGAAAAGGGAAAAGUUGACAGCUAUGGCUCGGGGGAGAGGGCAGGAAUCACUAAAAAUUGACUCCCUCCCCGUUAGAUUCUAACCAGAAUUUAAUAUGAAUUAUCAUAUUACUCUCUCUGGUUUGCAUCUAUGUUAUGUAUGUACACACUAUGAACUAUAUAAUAAUGAGAGUUCCAUGUAACUAAAUAUGGAUUUCUUACUCUGUUUAUUGUUUAGAAUUCCCAUCGUUUCGGAAAGAACAUCAAACAAGCAUUGUGUGACAUCCGUAACUUGUUCAGUCUUGGCAAAAAUUCAACCAAGUGA